AGGUAUGGUUGCCCGGACAAACACGUCAGAAUACUGCGUUUAUUACAUGACGGAAUGACAGCCACAGUGCUCAACAACAGCUCCUUGACUGAGCCUUUCACUGUAGAGACAGGGGUCAAACAGGGAUGCAUUAUUGCACCCACCCUGUUGUCUGUCUUCAUUGCCGCCAUACUCCACCUCAUCAACAAAGAACUACCACACGGAAUCCCAAUAUGGUACAGGACUGAUGGCAGGCUCUUCAACCUUAACAGGUUCAAAGCCAAAACCAAGAUCAGAACCACCACGGUCGUGGAGCUCCAGUAUGCAGACGAUAAUGCCAUUGCAGCACACUCUGCAGAAGACCUCCAGGGCAUCCUGAACUCCUUCGCUAAGGCAUACAGAGCCCUGGGUCUGACCGUGAACAUCAAGAAGACCCAGGUGCUACAUCAACCCCCACCCAACCAGCCAUCUACUCCGCCCAUCAUAAAUGUGGACAACACUGCACUUGAAUAUGUUCACCAUUUCCCCUACCUCGGCUGCUUUCUCUCCUCCAAAGCGGACAUUGACUCUGAGGUCAACCAUCGCCUGAGCUGGGCCAGUGGAGCGUAUGCCAGACUCCGGAAAAGAGUCUUUGAAGACAGAGACCUCCGGGUUGACACCAAGCUCCUGGUUUACAAAGCUGCGGUUCUCCCCACCUUACUUUACGGGGCAGAAUCAUGGACAACCUACAGCAGGCACCUAAGAGCUCUUGAACAACACCACCAGAGAACCUUGAGGAAAAUACUCAGGAUCAAAUGGGUGGACAGACGCACAAACAUCAGCGUUCCGGAGGAAGCCAGGAUACCGAGCAUCACCACCUUAAUAAUGCAGCACCAACUCCGAUGGACAGGACAUCUCCUCCGCAUGGCUGACAUCCGCCUCCCCAAACAGAUGUUAUACUCCCAGCUGGAGAGAGGUCCGCGAGCCCCGGGCGGGCAAAAGAAACGUUUUAAGGACAAGCUCAAGACCAAUCUCAAGAAAUUCCAAAUAACAUCUCGGGACUGGGAGCGCAUCGCCUUGAACAGGAACUGCUGGAGGGCAGCGGUGCAAGAAGGUGCAGCACAUCACGAAAAGGAACUCCGCCGUGUCGCAGAAACCAAACGACAACUCCGAAAGGAAAGACAAAAACAGGCUCCAGCACGACCACAACCCACCACCACUUUCCCCUGCCCACACUGCACAAAAAUAUGUGGAUCCCGGAUCGGCCUCUACGCCCACCUGCGGACCCACAAGUAGACGGCCCUGAGAAGAAGACAGUCAUACUCGUCCCGAGUGACCGCCGAUGAUGAUG